UCUUCAUCUCUGUCUCCGUCUUCCUCAGAGUGCGUGUAUCUAAGUACUACUCAGCUAUCAUGGACAGUCACAAAGCGAGCGUCAGCUUAACUGAUAGCGAUUCAGACGGCAAGCAGUUAUUUCCCCUUCCUUCCAAGGAAAAGCAUACAAGCGCUAAAAGAAAAUCAAACGAUGAGAAAAAAGAGGAGUCCACCAAAAGAGCAAAGAAUUUCGAGUAUAAUUUUUCUGAUCCGACAGAAGAGAAAAAGCUCAUACCCCCAAUAAGCGCUUACCUAGGAAAAGGGAUUAACAUCAGCAUCAAGGAAUACAGAAAGUCCUAUUAUCUUGCUUUCCAAAAGAAUGUUGGAGAUGAAACAAAGAACAGAUUCAACAUGAAUCUUGACCAAUUGGGAGCUUUAAAAAAAGCUAUAAAUGUGUUUGCAGAACAUAUAAAGAAAAAUUGACAUUCACGAGUUAAAUGAAAAUUUUGUAAAAAAAUUGAACUAACUUGACAAUUUUCCCUAUAUUCAUCUUCUUAGAAUGUCGUUUAAUAGAAUAGAAUCAAGUUUUAGAGGUUAUAUUUCAGCUUACCGACACUCUCCGAUACACUCUGAUCCCUACAACUUAUAUAACGAAAUUCGAGAAAACAUUUUCUUACUCUUAUUAGAGCAAAACCUACCUUUCCGUCUUUUAAUAUGCAUAAGCAUUGAAUUUAUUAAAGAUACUCAUCCUGACAAUUUACUGCAAAACGCUUACUUCUGUUCAUUUGCUGAACGCAUAAUAUCAUAUAACCAAGUAAAAAGUAAAGUUAAAAGCUGUUUUCAGAAAAUAUUCAAUUCCAUUGAAACAUAUAUCCAAAACGGUAGUGGUUGGGUUAUUAAUAAAAUUAACUUUUUAGAUGUUAAUAUCGGACAGUACAGAGAACCGCGGGGAGGUUGCGGUAAUAUAAAAUUACCUGACUGUUUAAAAAAAAAAAGAACUCUUCUAAAUAUACGUUGCGAUGAUCACAAAUGCUUCAUAUAUAGUUGCUUAGCUCAUCUCUUUCCUCCUGAAAAAAAUUCUAAUGCUCCAAGCAGUUACCAAAAUAAACUAAAAUACUUAAAAUUGAAAAAUGUAACCUUCCCCAUGAAACUCUCUAACAUAAAGCAUUUUGAAAGUAUCAACAGCUUAAAGAUAAAUAUUUUUACUUAUGACAAAGAAGUUUUCCCCAUAUAUAUCAGUAAUAAAAAGUUGGGUUCGGAAAUAAAUUUACUUCUGUAUAAAGAGCAUUACUUCUUAAUUAAAAAUCUAAAUCGUUUAUUAAACUCCAAAAAAGGGAUUCAUCAUUAUUGCUCGCGAUGCCUGAUUGGAUUUCAGAGGCGAAAUAGUCUUGUAGAUCAUAAGCGAGUGUGUUGCCAAAAUGCCCCCCAAAAACUAUCCCCGCCUAAAAUAAACACUGUAAAAUUUACUAGCAUUUACAAAAUGUUGUUCCAUCCUUUUAUUUUGUAUGCGGAUUUUGAAUGCAUAACGAAAAAUAUAUCUACUGUUUUACCAAAUACAUCUCAGAGUUUUUCAGCCAACCUAGAGCAUCACGAACCAAUCAGUUUCGCAUUAAUAGCAAUUAAUAUAAAAAAUGAAAUAAUAUAUCACAAAUUCUAUUGCGGAGAAAAUCCAGUACAAAUAUUUUUAAAAACAAUAAAAAAAUUAGCAAAAUCUUUAUUUAAAAGACUAUCAUGCAAUAAACCAAUGAUCGAGGAAAAUAUACCAACGGGAAAGCCUAGCACAUGUUACAUAUGCAAGUUAAAAUUUGAACCGAGUGAUCGCAUUGUCAGAGAUCAUUGCCAUGUUUUAGGCAUAUUUAGAGGUUUCUGUCACAAUUCAUGCAAUUUAAAUUUAAAAAGAAGUAAUUUCAUUCCUGUAGUCAUUCACAACCUUAAGGGGUACGAUUCCCACUUAUUGUUAAAACAUAUGUCUCCAGAAUUCGCGCAUCAGAUUGAUAUAAUUCCGACGAAUAGUCAAAAAUUUACUAGUUUCACCCUCGAUAAUUACAUUAAAUUUAUUGAUUCGUACGCAUUUCUUGAUUCUUCCUUAUCUUCUCUUGUAGAAAUUUUGAAAAUUUCUGAACAUCGGUUUGACAUUUUUGAUUCUUUUUUCCAAAAUAAAACAAAUAGAAACUUACUCAAACAAAAAGGAUUUUUUCCUUAUAGCUAUUUUUCAUCAAAAGAUAUUUUAAAACAAAAGACAUUUCCACCUCACGAAGCCUUUUUUAACAUUUUGACGAAUUCGAACAUAACAAAAAAAGAAUACAAACACGCACUGAGGGUUUACCAAGAAUUUCAUUGUAAAAAUUUUCAAGAUUACCUUGAAUUGUAUCAAAAUACAGAUACAAUUCUUUUAGCUGAAGUAUUUCAAUCGUUUCGACAAACAAGCAUGAUGCACUAUCAUUUGGACCCUGCUCAUUUCCUAACUAUUGCUGAUUUAACGUGGCAUUCUGGUUUAAAAUUCACAGGUCAGGAAUUAAAAUUGUUAUCGAAUGUAGAAGACUAUGUCUUACUUGAGACUCAAAUGAGAGGUGGAAUUUGCUUUCUCGGUCAAAGAUAUGCCCAGGCAAAUAAUCCAUAUCUUUCUUGUUAUAACCCCGAUGAACCUACAAAUUAUAUUGUGAAUUUAGAUGUUAACAAUCUUUACGGACAUUGCAUGUCUGAAUAUCUACCUGUGGGGGAUUUUCGUUGGCUUUCACCUGAAGAAAUAGCUGUUUUUGAUUUAGCAAAUGUAUCUCGAUACUCAGAAACGGGAUAUUUAUUAGAGGUAGAUUUACUAUAUGAUAAAUCAGCUCAUGAUUUCCAUGAUUUUCCCUUAGCAGCAGAACACUUAAAUAUAAAUAAACAAAUGUUAUCAGAUUAUCAAAAAAAAAUAUUGUCUGAAAAAAAUAUUCCAUUCACCGAGUGUAAAAAGUUAACACCAAAUUUUUAUCCAAAGAAACGCUACAUUUUACACUACAGGAACUUAAAAUACUAUUUAAAGCAUGGGAUGUCUUUAAAAAAAAUUUAUCGGAUCUUGGCUUUUUCACAAUCAGACUGGUUGCGAAGCUAUAUAAAUUUUAAUAAUGAAAAACGCCAACAAGCCAAAAGCGAGUUUGAAAAAUCUUUCUUUAAAAAAAUGAAUAAUGCUUUUUUCGGCAAAACAUGCCAAAACGUCAGAAAAAGAAUUAACUUAAAGACUGCUCUUACACCCGCUGAAUGUAGAAAGCAUUUAGCAAGUCCUUUACUUGAAUACUUUGAGAGCAUAAACGAAGACUUCGCUGUCUUUAAGAUGAAAAAAAUUAAUCUAGUUCUCGACAAACCAAUUUAUGUAGGAUUUUGCGUGCUUGAGCUAGCUAAAUUACACAUGUAUACUUUAUAUUACUCUAAGUUCAAAAAAUAUUAUAAAGAAAAUUGCAAACUCUUAUACACAGAUACUGAUUCUCUAUUCAUGCAAAUAUUUACAAAUAAUGUUUACAAAGAUUUUAAAAACGAAUUUUUUGAUAUCAUGGAUCUAAGCAACUAUCCAUCUUCAAGUGAAUUUUUUAAUUCGGAGAACCAAAAUAAGUUAGGGUUUUUAAAAGACGAAACGAAAUCUAAACCUAUUUCAGAAUUUAUCGGUUUACGAUGCAAAAUGUACAGCUACAAAUGUGAAAAUACUGAAACGAAAAAGGCAAAAGGUGUAAAACAGAGUUGUUUAAGAAACAUAACACAUGAACAUUUUAAAACCUCUUUACUUAAUGAAACGAUUCAUCGUCACGAGCAAUAUUCUAUACAGUCAAAAUCACAUAUUCUUUCUACAACCAUAUCAAACAAAAUUUCUUUAUCUCCGUUUUACGAUAAAAUAUUUUUGAAUGAGGAUGGUGUGACCGGAAAAUGCUUUGGUCACUAUUCCUUGCUUGAAGAAUAAUGGUAAUAUAAUUUUCGUUUAUUUUUAUGUUCUUCAAAAAAAAUUUUUUUUUGAAAAACUAUUAAGCAUUCAAUAGCUACCUUCUGUUAAGGGGAAAAUUGUCUCUUAGUUCAAUUUUAUUUCACAUGCUUUGUAAGUGAAUCAAAUGUUUACUCAGAUCGACUGGUUGGACUGAGUUUUUUCAUGGUUUUCUCAGUCUAUAACGCAAAUGCGAACCAAUAUAAGAAGAUCUUCCAUGACAUAUUAUUAAUAAAUACCAAGAACAUUUUAUUUUUAAUGUAAUCAAUUUUUAUACUAUUUUUGCAUGUACAUAUAUAUAUGAUUCAAGUUGUUGUUUUUAUCUUAGUUAAUAUUGUAUUAAUUGUUUGCACUGUUUUUCGAAUGAAAUGGAAAUAAUUUGUAUUCAUAUCCUUUCUUUAUAUACAUUUCUUUCUUAUAUUCACAUGCUUUGUAAGUGAAUCAAAUGUUUACUCAGAUCGACUGGUUGGACUGAGUCUUUUCAUGGUUUUCUCAGUCUAUAACGCAAAUGCGAACCUAUAUAAGAUCUUCCAUGAGAUAUUAUUAAUAAAUUCCAAGAACAUUUUAUUUUUUAAUGUAAUCAAUUUUUAUACUAUUUUUGCAUGUAUAUAUAUAUAUGAUUCAAGUUGUUGUUUUGUCUUACUUAAUAAUGUAUUAAUUGUUUGCACUGCUUUUUCGAAUGAAAUGAAAAUAAUUUGUAUUCAUAUCC